AUGGAGCUGGAGGGAGGGAGAGUUACAGCUAAAUGUGACACCUUAACCUGCCCAAAAGGAUUCAGAUGCUGUGAGAGUGGAUGCUGCCUGCAGAAGGAAACCAUAUGGGAUUCUUCAAAACAGCCAGAGCAGAACCGCAGAAGCCAUCAUCAGACACCUCCAGAAGCACCGACCACGGCUCCCCUAGAGAUCUGGGUCACCAGCUUGGAUCCCCCACCACCCUAUGAUCAGGUGAGUCUUUCUGUCCCAAUCCUUAACUUGUUUCAUAGCUGGCUAUCCAACUUGUAG